AGUAGAGCACAAAACCAGUACACCACCUAAGCUAGCUACCCAAACCAAGUAGCCGAGAUGCGGAACCCCAAACCCUUUUUCAUGGUCAUCUCGAUCUGCUUCUUUGCGUUGUCGAAAUGCACGACGAGCGCAGCCAGCGGCGGCAAGCCCCUCGUCACGGCCAUCACUAAAGACGCGAACACCUUGCUGUACACGGCGCCCCUCAAGGACGGCCGCCCGCUCGUGGUCGACCUCUCCGGCCCGGCCAUCACGCUGGUAUGCAGCUCCAAGACCGGGACGGUCACGAGGCUCUCCGCAAGCGCCACCGACGGCGCCAACCCUCUGUUCCCGGUGUCCUUCUCGGCGACCGCCUCCUGCGCGUCCAAGGCGCCGGCCGGUGCCGUCGGCGUCGCGGGGCUCGCGCCCUCGAGCCAGUCGUCGCUCCCCGCGCAGGUGGCGCGCACGCAGAAGGUCGCCAAGAAGGUGGCGCUCUGCCUCCCGAGCGACGGCAAGACGACGAGCGGCAACAGCGUGGGCGUGGCCAUCUUGGGCGGAGGACCCUUGUUCUUCAUCCCGUCGGACCGCGGCGACUUCACGACGAUGCUGGCCGGCACGGCACCUCUUCGCGGGUUCAACGGAUCCCCCGGGUACUUCCUCUCCGCCACCGGCAUCACCGUGGACCGGAAGAAAGUGCCACUGUCCGGCCCGCUCGUUGUCGGGCUGAGCUCGACGAUCCCGUACACGGCGCUCCGCGCCGACGUGUACGCUGCGUUCGUCAAGGCGUUCGACCAGGCCGCGGCCAGUCCCAAUUUCUCCCCUUUCGUUUCGAGGGUGGCCGCGGUGGCGCCGUUCGAGCGGUGCUACAACUCGACGAAGCUGUCGGUGGGGCUGUCGCGGCUGGGCUACCCCGUGCCGCAGAUAGAGCUUCUCCUGGAGGGCGGGCAGAGCUUCUCGGUGCUCGGCGCCAAUUCCAUGGUGCAGGUGAAGGCCAACACGGCGUGCCUCGGGUUCGUGCGGAUGAAGGCGGCGGGCGGCGGGCACCAAGCGGCGGCGGCGGUCAUCGGCGGGUUUCAGCUGGAGAACCACCUGCUGGUGCUGGACGAGGAGAAGAAGCAGUUUGGAUUCACCACGUACCUGGGUGCGAUAGGGCUUUCGUGCAGCAGCUUCAACUUCACUCGUGCCGCUUAGCAAGAUGAUGAUGUAACCUGAUAAUAAGAACUAUCAUUGUGUACUAUCAGAGUUUGAAUCAAUAAACUGAGAGUAAAUUGUUUCCA